AUGCCUCAGAACUACCAGCACAUCUUGGCUUUGGAAUUUGCUAUCAAGGAGAUCAAUGAAAAUUCCCAGAUUUUGCCCAAUGUCAGCCUGGGGUUCCAUAUCUAUGACAGUUACCUAAAUCCAAAGUUGGCCUAUCGCGCUGCUCUGCAACUUAUUUCUCCAAAGAACCGAUUUGUCCCCAACUACAAGUGCAAUAUCCAAGACAACCUUAAAGCAGUUCUUGAGGGUAUUCAUUCAGAUAGUUCACAACAUAUCCCUGAUCUUUUGAACAUCUACAAGUUUCCACAGCUCUUGUACGGUCCUGCCCCAGUGAUGAUGGAUAACAAUCAAGUCCUAUCCUUCUAUAACAUGGUCCCCAAUGAAACCCAUCAGUACCUGGGAAUUCUCCAAUUACUUCUCCAUUUCAAAUGGACAUGGAUUGGAUUUUUUGCUGUGGUUGGUGGAAAUUUAGAAUGGUUCAUGCAGAAGAUGCUUCCAGUCUUCUCCCAUCAUGGCAUCUGUUUUGCCUUCAUGUAUGCACUUUCUAAUUUAGGAACUUAUGAUUACAGGAAAGAUGAUGUGAAAUGGUUUGCAGAACUGUAUGAAAAAAUCAUGGCAAGUACAGCCAAUGUAGUUCUUUUCAAAGGACACAUUCGUUGCAUGAUGGUUUUCACUGGUUUGAUAAGACUGGUGCAAAUUAAACACAUGAUGCAAAUAACAAACAGUAAAGUGUGGAUUCUGUCAGCUCAGAUGGAGCUGAAAAUAUAUAGUAAGAAAAAAGACUGGAAUGUACAAAUCUUUCAUGGUGCUCUAUCAGUUGCAGUUCAUUCCAGAGAACUUCAUGGAUUCCAACAAUUCCUUAAGGUCAGAAAGCCAUCCAAUGCUGAGGAAGAUGGUUUCAUCAGUGACUUCUGGGCGAACAUAUUUGGAUGUGUGUUCCCAAAUUCUGCUCUGGGCAAUGUAAAUCAGGAUAAUUGCAGUGGAGACGAGACUCUGGAGGACCUCCCUGUGUUUGAAAUGAGCAUGACUGGCCACAGCUACAGCAUCUACAAUGCGAUCUAUACUGUCGCUUAUGCUUUGCAUGCCAUGCAGUCAUCAAAAGUUAGAGGAAAACUGAGAAGAGAGAGACGGAAACUGGAAAAUCCUCAAGCCUGGCAGCUCCAUCACUUUCUGAGACAUAUCUCAUUUAACAACAGUGCUGGAGACCAGAUUUCCUUUAACCAGAAUGGGGAAUUAAUCGCUGGCUUCGAUGUUAUCAACUGGGUGACAUUCCCAAACCAAUCUUUUGUUCAAUUCAAAGUUGGAAAUAUUAAUCCUCAAUUUCCUUCAAACCAAGCACUCAGCAUUGUUGAAGAAUUUGUGAUGUGGCACAGCCAAUUUAACCAGGUACAGCCUCUUUCUGUAUGCAGUGAAACCUGUAAUCCAGGUUAUAGGAAGAAACUGAAAGAAGGAGAGCCUUUCUGCUGUUAUGAUUGCAUCCCAUGUCCAGAAGGGACGAUCUCUGAUCAUGCAGACUUGGCUGACUGUUCUCAGUGCUUGAUGAGUCAUUUUCCAAACAAGAACCAGAAUUAUUGCAUUCCCAAGAUCAUAACCUUCUUGUCUUACGAAGAACCUUUAGGCACUGGCUUUCUUUUUGCUAUUCUUUCCCUUUCUUUGAUCACAGCUUUGGUGAUGGGAAUAUUCAUGAAACACCACAACACCCCCAUAGUGAAAGCCAACAACCGUACCCUUACAUACAUUCUUCUCAUCUCCCUUCUAUUCUGCUUCCUUUGUGCCCUGCUAUUCAUGGGCAAACCUAAGCAGGCCAUGUGUCUCCUUCGCCAAACUGUCUUUGGCAUCAUUUUCUCAAUUGCUGUUUCUUCUUUACUAGCAAAAACUAUCACAGUGGUUCUGGCUUUCAUGGCUACCAAGCCUGGAAGCAGGAUGAGGAAAUGGGUGGGGAAAACCCUGUCCAUUUCCAUUGUUCUUUCCUGCUCCCUUACUCAAGCAUGCAUUUGUAUUAUUUGGCUAGUAAGCUGCCCUCCAUUCCCAGACAUUGACAUGUAUUCAAUGACAGAAGUUGUAUUAGAAUGUAAUGAUGCCUCUCCUGCUAUGUUUUACUGUGUCUUGGGCUACUUGGGCUUCUUGGCUAUCGCUAGCUUCACGGUGGCUUUCUUUGCUCGAAAGUUACCCGAUAGUUUCAAUGAAGCCAAGUUUAUUACUUUCAGUAUGUUGGUGUUUUGUAUGGUUUGGUUAUCCUUUGUUCCGGCCUACCUGAGUAUCAAGGGAAAAUACAUGGUGGCUGUGGAGAUCUUUUCUGUCUUAACAUCCAGUGCUGGGCUGCUGGGCUGUAUCUUUUUACCCAAAUGCUACAUUAUUGUCCUGAGAUCUGAGCUGAAUAACAGAGGACAGCUAAUAUGGAAAAAUCAGUGA